UAGUGUAACCAUGUCACUGUGCACGUGUGGCGAUGUUGGAGUGUACAAGUGUCCCCGGUGUGAGCUCCCCUACUGUUCACUAUCUUGCUACAAGGGACAUGCUCACACUCAAUGUUCAGAGUCCUUCUACAAACAACAGGUAGAAGAGGAGUUGAGAGAGAGGUCUGUUACAAAAGAAGAACAAGAUAGAAUGUUAGAAGUACUACAGAGAGAGCAUACCCACUCUUCUGAUGAAGAAGACGAAGUUGAUUUGAAGGAACUGCUACAAGGUAUGGAGAUUAAGAGUGAAGAAGAGUUAUGGGGGAUGUUAACUGAACAAGAACAACAAGGGUUCAUUAAAAGUAUCAAGACAGGAUCUAUCACAACGUUACUCAAGCCUAAAGAAUUCUGGUGGACCAAAGAUAAUGUUGUGUAUAAGCCUACUAAAACAGCAAAAUUUGAAGACCUCUGCUCAAAGGAACCCUCCAUUCACAUGAAAUAUCUUCUCUUGCACGUGAUCAUGUCGUAUGUGCACGUGGAGCUGAUACACCCUCUCAGAACAGACCUUGUCCCGGAAUAUUGGGCUGUUUUCACUCAAUUGUGGUAUUGGAAGAGUCCUAACGUGUUUAUCACUGCCGAGGCUGCGUGCAUCGCCCACACUGAUAUAGCAAACAGUGCUGGGUUACAAGAUUUCGUACCGUUGAGUGGAGUGUUCGAGAACACUUGCAAGCUCCUGAGACACGGACCGCUAGCAGUGGAGAGAGUUUGUUGUGAACUUAUCAGAAUCCUGACUAAAGUCCACAAAACAACUCCUUUAGAAAAGGGAGAAUACACGAAGAUAAAGAAGAAACUGCAGUUCUAUUCCUCCUGGAGUUUAUCAAAACACAGCAGUUCUUUAGCUGUACUCGCUCUGGAGUUGCAAGUUUACAUCACCAAACUUAACAGUGAUACCAGAAAGUUUACCGCAGAUCUUGACUCUGGCUGCAAGGCUGAGAAACAUACGAGACCACUGAUAGAAGAACUAGAGAGCUGAAUCCCAGAGAGAGAGAGAGAGAGAGAGAGCAGCUACGUAAGUAAGUACAAUGACUACUGAUACCUACUCACUGGAGAUGAGAGACAAGUACUCUGUGGACCUUGACGUGACAGCCAGAGUGUUCCUAACCCUGCUCUCAGUCCUCACUGUAAUCUGUGGAACUGUGGGCAACUUCCUGGUCUGGUACGGCUCCAUAUUCCGCUCUGCUAUCAGGAUGGAGCCGUGUUCCCGGGUCCUGAUAACCAAUCUGGCCCUCUCUGAUAUCGUCAUCUCCCUGCUCCUCUUCCUCCUCUUGCUAUGACCCUGGGGGCCGGUAGGUGGGUUCUGGGGGACUCUCUCUGUCAGUUUCAGGGAGUUGCUAUCCAGAUAGCCAUGUGUCUGGAGAUCUUCAUCAUGAUGUCCCUUAACUGUUACAGACUCUGGGCAGUUCGUAAAACACCAGGAGACAGGGACAAGGUUAAAGUUUGGCAGAUUUACUGUUACCUGGGGGUGGUGCUGCUGGUUUGUGGCAGUCUCCCUCUGGUUCACACUGCCAUUAGUAACGGAGAAUUUCGGACUGAUUUUGAUAAUAGAGUGGGGAUCUGCCGGCUGUUUCUGGUAAGAGACUACAAGCAUAACAUCCUCGACAUGUGCUAUCUAGUUCCUCCUCUAGUCAUAUCCAUUACUGCCAGUAAAGUCCUCAAGUGUAUCCUGUGUUACUCUUCACAGAGAUCUGGUAGUGGCAACCCAAAAACACAGAGAGCCAUAUCUCUUGUCUGCUGGGCCAUGAUUAUAUCCUAUCUUCCUUGCUACAUAAUUCUGGUUUGGGAGAUUGCACAGUCUAGCAUUCCUAAUGCAGCAUACUUGGCCCGGGCCUUUAUAAUGUCCAUCAACCUGAUGGUGAAUCCUCUAAUCUACUUCAUAUAUAGUUCAAGCUUUAACAGCUUUGUGAGGACAUUCUUUUCGCUGGACAUUAGAAGAGAGCGAGGUCAAUUGGCAACUGAUUCUGCACAGGUUCCUGAAACUUCCAAAGUGUAGAAUAUGAAAUGGGUUUUGUUCUAAUUUUUAAUUGUUAUUUCAUUUAUUUAUCUAAUUUACUAAUGUAAAAGUGGUUUUCAGUUGCUCCACAAACGUUUACCUUUCAUGAUUUAUCAAACUAUCAAAGAAUUGCACCAAGAAUUUCGAUUUUACCAUACCGGUCCAUAUUAGUUAAUUCCUGACUAUCCUAAUUGCUGAUACUAAAUACUAAUGGAUAUGUGUCUCCCGGAAGAGAAUGAGCACACAAAUGUUACGAUAAAAUCUGAUACAUAUCACAUAAUAUAUGCUUAGAGUGUUUUAUUAGCUUAUUAUUAACUUAGCACGCUCGGAUCCCGCCUAGCAUGAGAAGUGGGCCGGGCUGCGUCU